GAUACACAAAGAACUUUUCUUCCCACCUGUUCAGAACUGACAGUGCCAUACCAAAUGAUUUAGUCUGGACUGUGCAAACACCCACCGAUGGCUGGGCUGCUGUAACCAUGGAGUGCUCUGCAGCUGGGUCCCUCUUCCUUCCUCUCUGUCUAGGCAGAUUCUCCUGUACCCUGAUUGGAACAGCAGACGUUUCUGCUCAGGUUGGAAGUGUGUAGACAUCCUUGUGGUUCUCCUGCAUCCCCUGGGUCAGCUUGAGCUCUUUGGCAUAAUUUCAUUCCACAAGCAACACAACUCAUCUUAGUUUAAAAGCAAAACAGAGAGAAGCAUAAUUGAAUGUAGCAGUCCUCGGGAUUUGCUAAAAUGCUAAAUGAGGGGCCCGCGUUUUUAAGAGCACAUUCCAGGGGAAAUUCUGAAAUUGCAAGCUGCAGCCCUUUCUCUUCGUGCUUGGUUUGGCUGAUUUCCAAAGCACCGAGGCCAGCAAUUGAGGGACUGAAAUAUAAUCGGUGGCAAUACAUUUGUACCACAUGAAACCUUCUCUGCCUCUGAAGGCUCCAGUGGCUGACGGAAGAAGCACAUCAGCAACAGCUCCGGCUGCUACACUCUGCAAGGAGGGAGAAUUGGAUCACAAUGUCCCAGCAGAAGUGCAUUGUGAUCUUUGCCCUGGUCUGCUGCUUUGCCAUUCUAGUUGCAUUGAUAUUUUCAGCCGUGGACAUCAUGGGAGAGGAUGAAGAUGGACUCUCAGAAAAAAAUUGUCAAAAUAAAUGUCGGUAAGAGAAUUGCCCUGGUGGAAAAUAUUCCUGAAGGCCUUAACUAUUCAGAAAAUGCACCAUUUCACUUAUCACUUUUCCAAGGCUGGAUGAAUUUACUCAACAUGGCCAAAAAGUCUGUUGACAUAGUAUCUUCCCAUUGGGAUCUCAACCACACUCAUCCAUCAGCAUGUCAGGGCCAACGUCUUUUUGAAAAACUGCUCCAGCUGACUUCGCAAAAUAUUGAAAUCAAGCUAGUGAGUGAUGUGACAGCUGAUUCAAAGGUAUUAGAAGCCUUGAAAUUAAAGGGAGCUGAGGUGACCUACAUGAACAUGACUGCCUACAACAAGGGCCGGCUGCAGUCCUCCUUCUGGAUUGUGGACAAACAACACGUUUAUAUUGGCAGUGCCGGUUUGGACUGGCGAUCCCUGGGACAGAUGAAAGAGCUUGGUGUCAUCUUCUACAACUGCAGCUGCCUGGUCCUAGAUUUACAAAGGAUAUUUGCUUUAUAUAGUUCAUUAAAAUUCAAAAGCAGAGUACCUCAGACCUGGUCCAAGAGGCUCUAUGGAGUCUACGACAAUGAAAAGAAAUUGCAACUUCAGCUGAACGACACCAAAUCUCAAGCAUUUGUGUCGAAUUCUCCCAAACUUUUUUGCCCUAAAAACAGAAGUUUUGACAUAGAUGCCAUCUACAGCGUGAUAGAUGACGCCAAACAGUACGUGUACAUUGCUGUCAUGGACUACCUGCCUAUCUCCAGCACAAGCACCAAAAGGACUUACUGGCCAGACCUGGAUGGAAAAAUAAGAGAAGCAUUAGUUUUACGAAGUGUUAAAGUUCGACUUCUUAUAAGCUUCUGGAAGGAAACUGAUCCCCUCACAUUUAACUUUAUUUCAUCUCUUAAAGCUAUUUGCACAGAAAUAGCCAACUGCAGUUUGAAAGUUAAAUUUUUUGAUCUGGAAAGAGAGAAUGCUUGUGCAACAAAAGAACAAAAGAAUCACACCUUUCCUAAAUUAAAUCGUAACAAGUACAUGGUGACAGAUGGAGCAGCUUAUAUUGGAAAUUUUGACUGGGUAGGGAAUGAUUUUACCCAGAAUGCUGGCACAGGCCUUGUUAUCAACCAGGCAGAUGUGCGGAACAACAGAAGCAUCAUUAAGCAACUUAAAGAUGUGUUUGAAAGGGACUGGUAUUCACCUUACGCCAAAACCUUACAGCCAACCAAACAGCCGAACUGUUCAAGCCUCUUCAAGCUCUCACACCCCUCCAACAAAACUGCCACACACAAUACCAGCGGGAAGGAGCCCUUGAGCGCAUAGCAGAGUGAACAACAACAGUUCCGUACUUCGUAUUUAUACAUAAAGGACUCGAGGAGAGAAAGACAAUUUAAUAUGUCUUUUUUUUUUUUUAGGGAAAAAAAAAAGCACACUUAUAAAAAAAAUGUUCUCUGAACGACGUGUACUCUCUAGCUAACAGUAUCUUAGCACCAUGUAUACUAAAAUCAAGACUUUUGUAUUUGUUACUUCUGACAGAGAAUGUCCUUCUGGCUUAGAAGUUAGUUUUUAUGUUUGCCUAUGGAUUUUAAGACUUGGAUUCCUGUUUCCUGUUCCUGUCUGGGUUUUAGAGCUUUUUCUGCCAACCCACCUGGUCGGUUCUUAGCAUGAGGUGAGCUCUUUGCUUUCACACCAUUCUGAGCACUGCUGAUCUGGAGAGGAAGGUGAAGAUUUCACCUAGGAGAAAAGACUGAUCAAACCAAGAAUUUAUUCUUGAAAACCGUCUCCCAGCCCAAUCCAGUCACCUGAGCAUGAAGAGAUUCCAUCUCAUGCCAGCCUUCAAUAGCCCUGAAAAAUACCUUUUUUUGUCUGCUUGCUCAUUGUCUUCUAAUACCGUAGGUUUAAUUAGUAUCAUUUUCUUUCUCUUCUCACAAAAUGUUCUUAUUACAUAGUGUUCCUCUAUUCACCUCAAUAUUAAUUCCAAGUAUGAUAACAUCUUUUGAAAAUGUAUGAUUCCCUUAAAAUGCAUACAAAAUGGAAAUAGCAGUCUUUAAUUUUCACCUUUCAACUGCAUUCUUUUCCCCUACCGAAUUGCUUAUUUUAAAACCACAGCCAGCAAUAUGUAUCCUUUCUCUUAAGCUCAGAAAAAAAAAAAAAAGAUAUAGCCACCUGCUAAUAUUCAGUAAGCUAUUAAGUCUGCAUUUUGAGAACAAAGUAGUUUUUCAACAUUUUUGUUUAGUUUAUGGUAUUAUAAAGGAAAGGUCUCUCUGCGCCAGUGGAUUUUAAUUUCUUUAGAAUCAUUAUGCUGUUAAGAGUAUGCCAGCAAACGUUUAUAGAGCUAUUUAAUAUACCUUCUGCUAUUUAAUAUACCAAAUGCUUUUCAGAGAAAUGCAAUUUAAAUACUGUGCGUAACAUAUUUUACUAAGAAACAGAAAUAUUGGAUUAUUGUUCUAUAAUGUCAUUGUGUGUUGGUGUUUUAUAUCUAUACAAUAUAUAACCAUGUAUUAAUGGAGACUGUUGCUACACAAGAGAGAGGGAUGGUCUCUUCAGAGCCCAGAGGGGGUAGCCAGGAUGCCCGCGCCCAGUGUGGCUCCUGACUCCAUGACUCAGAACAGAGUCCUUCACCCCCUGGCCUCUGGUUUUUCUAUUGCUAAUGUAGAGACAGUGAUACUCACCUACCUCGCAAGAAUGUUGUCAUGGUAGGAGAUAUUUAUAACUUGUUUUGAAAUCAAAAGAACAUAUAUAAAUGCUAAGCAUUAUAACAUAUAAUCUUUUUCUUGAAAUAAUCUUUGUGGUAUCCUGGUAGAAUCAGUAACAGGUCCUCCCCUAGAACCCAGAAGGGAAAAGAAAUCCACUGCUUCCAGUCACGAAUGUGGAUGACAAGAAUGCAGCCGCACAAAAGCCCUGGUAGAGAUCUGGAUUGUUAACAUCUUGAGGGACCAUUUUUCUCUGGUCACCUUGGCAUAAAUAAUAUCAACACAAAACCAGAUGUUAGCUAGGGAUUGUUUUUUAGGACCAGCAUAUAAUUCGUGGGUUUUCAGAGCGAGGACAAGCAAUUUCAUUUAUUCUUUCUCAUUUCUAGAGACUUGGUUGUAAAUAUGCCAAAAGACUGAAGGAGGAACCAAUGGAUCUCUUCUAGUGGGUUCACUUAAUGUAGAAUGGCUGCUUUCCUUUCUUAAUGUUUCCAAGUACUGCUUCACUGGAUAUUUUACCGGUCAAGAGAACUAGACGGGAGCUGUGUUUUUAAGGGUAACGUGUUCUUAUGACUGAUUGGGGUAUUCUAAAUGGAAUUAUUCAUCAAUAAUGGCCAACCUAUAAGACUAUAAAAAUAUUUACCAUAUCCCCAAUCCUUGAGUUGGGAGUUAUCCUGCCAGUCAUUCAAAUAUAGGUGGCUUUGGCGAUCGUUUUAAAAAGAAAGAAAGCAGAGAGUAAAGGUAGAAUGAAACAAAUUUACCAAGUGUGUCCUUGGACAAACAGAAGUCACCUGGUUGAGUUUGAAAAGGAAAUCCAAAUGGAAAAAUAUAGUUGCUUCCUUAUGGUUCCCAAGGGGUCUCCCGGGAGGUAUUUCUCCACAGUCACUGGACAAGGGUAGGCUUAGUGUCAUGCCCCCGCCCCUCACUGCCAUUGUCUUUUGUGUGCAUGUGGCAGGAAAAGAGAAUGUCAUCUUUUAUAAAAUAACUAUCAUUGCCAUUUCCUCUGAACCCCAUCAAACAUGGCAGUGCUGGGAGCUGUAUCCCAGCAUCCUCUGCCCUGUGCCACCAGCAGCAGAGUUCUUCUUGACACAGCCACCCACCUCAUCAGCGUGGUCAGGGCAGCAACAGCACAGGCAAGAACACUGACUCCAGGAGACAACACUGACCUUCUGUGGCAUACAGGAAAAUGGGCCCUGUGCAGAGUGUCACAUAUGAGUCCAUGUCUCCACAGAGAACAUUCCAUUCUUCAGAACUUUCUCUUUCAUUGGGAUGUUGAAUCUACCCCUCUAGACGUAGCCUUCCUCUCUUUUAGACUUCUUCUGUGUGACAUAGACUUCCUUUUCUCUCACUCCCAAACAUCCCAGGAAAUAUUUCUCAAAAUGAAAAAAAAAAACACAAAUCAAAAACUUAAUUUGAGACUAUCUGGUGAAUGUCCAUGUGGGAAAUUCUAAGGAGGGUGACUAUUCACCUUCAUCUUUUUUGUCUCCAUCUUUGGAAUUAUUUUCCAAGUGUUGGGAACCAAACAAUUUGAGAUUCUAGUUUAGAUUUCUCUUUUGCUAAUAUGAACCUAGUGCCUUAUUUACUCUCAAGCAUUGAUUUCAAAGAACAAUAACCCACUACACAAGAACGUUUCUGCCUACUCUGGAGUACAAUAAGGACUUCUGAUGAGACGACAGGUUGAAAACUUGCAUGUGAGCCUCAGUGGUUUUCAGGCAGCCUGCUCUCUUCCCAAGCCACAUAACGUUUAUCAUCCCCGAGUCAAAUCAUUGACAUUAUUCACUCUCAAAUGUCCACUACAUUGUCACUGGCCACUCUCAUAUCAAAUAAUUGAAUCACAGCUUAUCACUUCAUGAGAGAGGAAGUGGGACAUUCUGAGAUUGUAUCUAGGCUCUGUAAACACCACCCUCUGGAUACCCCAAAAUGAUCAAAGUGAGACAUGCUGAAAAUGUCCCCAUGAGUCUUUAAGGAAACUUGUAAAGAGAUGCUUCAUAGACUUCCAAGGUCCUGAGGAACAUAGGAUGAAAACUGGUGUCUACAGAAAGUCAAAGCAGGCUCAGUGAAAAAAAUGAAAUGUCUGUGGGAAACCUCAGCAUUUGUGUAGCUCUGAGCAUCACGUUUUUCCCUGAAUCUGGGCUGUGGUUUCGCUCUUAGUAAAGAUGUUUCAGAUCACAUUUCUGGUUGAUCUUACCCUUUGAAAAACAUGUUUUAUUAAUGCAGUUACUGGUUUAUUCAAGUGCCUCAAUGAACCUGGGACUGAACAGCUCAUUUCCCGCCAGACUGCAGUUAUUCUCAAGUGACUUCGAUUUGUUCGGAGAUUUUUGUUUGUUUGUAGAAACUUCUAUUGAACUAAAUUCCAGGGGAAAAAAAAAUAAAAAGACUAUAAGAAUUUCUUGAUAGGAUCAGAUCUAGGGUCCGUUUUUUCUCAGGAAUUCUGUCCUAGAAUAUGUCAUUUUUUUCCAUAUGCAUGAUCAUUUGUAUGCAUUUUUGUGUCCAGAAUUCAUUCCAUUAUUUUUAUGCUUAGGGAAUGUAAAAAGCUGCCUUUACUUGCAAUAGAACAGUCAUCUCCUGUAAUGAACGAUACUUUGCCAUUGGUUAUUCAAAUUCAGUCUCCUAUAAACAGCUCCAUAUAUUGUGCACAGAUGUUCAAUUCUAUUUUUUUUCCUGUACUUAUUCCCAAUGAAUUGGUGCAUUUUAUUAUAAACCUUUUAAAGAAGAAAUGAAUAUAACUUCCAUAUGGUCUAAGGUAGAUUGGAUAAAUGAAUCUAUAUUCAAUAUUUUCCAUUUGCUAUUAAUUAGCAUCUUUUCCUUUUAUUUAUUGUUAACCAAAUACGUGCUUACCAUUUUUUUUUAACUUAUUGACUUAAGAUGAUGGAGAUUUUGUAAUAGCCCUGAAGUCAACCCUAUUUGACAACCUACCUUUCCCAUUUGAGAAAAUUUCCAUCUUUGGCAGAAUUAUGAAGAUAUUGCCUUUUGUGGUGACUAGAUAGGUAUCCAUCAGAAGUUUCUUAAAACUAUAAAAACUGAAUUUUCAUAUUUUGACACAUUAGCAGUCUUGUAGUUACAGAGUUCUAAAAGUUCACUGAUUACUUUUUGGCAAUGUAACAAAAAGGAAUGCAAGAUGUAAUAGGUUAUUCAUUUUCUUUUGCUGUGUUUGACUGCUAAACUUCCAUUUCUGUUACAAAGGAUUAAAAAUUCAAGAUUUUUAAUGUACCUUUCUUUAAAUAGGAUAAACUUGUACCCAGGUAUAGCUACAUUAUUAACCUUCAGGUCCCUAAAUAAAUUGUUGUGAUGAAAAGCUGAAUUGGUGGGGCAGGAAAUCAUUAAAAUUAUGAAACCUUUACCAAAUGCUCAUGUUUUAUCAGAAGUACGUAUUUUAUGGCUUUUUCACACUGUCAGAUGCGGGCAUACAUUUUUGUCUCAGUUUGAUCUCAGAAACGAAUCAGCUUCUCCCACUAUUCUACAUGAUGAAUAAGGUAAAUGCAACUGAUCCAAUAGGCUAAAGGCCCACUGUUUUGUAUAUUCACCCACCCAACAUCUUUGUAACACUACUCCUAUCUCUUUAAAAAAAGAAAGAAAGAAAGGUUCAUUCCUAGUAUGUGUUGAUUUGGGGUAAAUAAGUGAUCAUGUUUUAGUGAAGAAACAAUUCUAGAGACCAUGCUCUGUACUCUUUCGCGGCAGCUAGUUCUGUUGCGUCACAUACUAAUCCAUCACACUCUCUUCUAUCUAUACCUAAAUUCAAAUACACCUGUGUCUUCUUAGCAAAUACAGUGUGUUUUGGUUUUCUCCCUGUGCCUCACUCAUGCUAGGCACACACUCUACCACUGAGCGAUGCCCCUAGACCCCAGCAAAACCAUUUUGAACCUGAGGUUUAGACCUUACCUUGAAAGACAUCUAAACUAACUCCUCCAAAUGCACAAAUUUCCUUCCCACCUGGCCACUUAGAAGUUAUGGGCAUACUCCAGUCAAACAAUUUGGAACGCUUAAUACACAGUGCCUUUCACAAAAUCCACAUGGGAUAAAAUUUAGUUGAUUUGCUAAAGUAAUUUGGAUUUGAGGAAAAGACUUAAUCUCUGAAUCAAAGACAAAAACAAUCUGAAGAAGCAUUUUUUUAAAUUGUCUUUUGAAAGUUUAGCAAAACCUUAAUAAAGUGGACUUUCUGAAUCUAUAUUCGUCAAUACUAAUUAUUUAAUUUCAUUGGCAGUUUCUGAGACCAAUAAUUUUAUGUUUGUUUGUUUGGGAAAAUAGUUUUAUGAGAAAAUAGUUUUAUGAGACAACUUUGUGCAAGGAGUCCAAUUCAGUAUUAGUAAAUAUGAAGAUUAUUUGUGAUUUAUUUUUAUUUCGUACAAGAGAAAAUUAGUAAGGCAUAAUUCUCUUUUUGUAAAAUGGAUGUCUGGCUCUUAAGCCCAUUCCUUUGGCCUCAUGUAUGUAGAAAAAUGAAUUACUUUAUGGACUGCACUAUUUUCCAUUGGUGUAAAAUUCUAAACAAACAACAACAACAAAAACAGACAAACCCAGUUUCUAAUUUAGAGUGUUCUUGUUUAGGUACAUAACCAAUCUUGGGAAUAUGACUUGAAUUUCCAGGAUUAAAAAUGUUGAAAUUCUCUAUAGCCUACCAAUAUAAAUGAAAGAUGAAAAAAUUUUAAAGACAACUCAGAAAAUAUGAUCCAACAAUAUUCAUGUGAAUCAGAGCUUCAUCUACAAUUUCACUUGUUUUUAUUGAAAAGAGGAUUUUCUACCUCUUUAGAAAGUGCGUGUUAUAAAAGGCAACAAUCAAAAAAAUGCAAUAAAAGAAAGGCAGCACUGUAGUUUCAGAUAAGUUAUGGUAUUGACAGAGUACUUUAAAACCCUGUGUGGGAAAGUUUCAUUAAGCAACAAAAGCUGUUUUGUCCCUAGCAAUAAAGCUAUAUGUUAUUAUCUAUAUUUCAUGGGUGGCUUUAUAAUUUUCCUGAUGUCCUGGAAAGACCAGUUCCGUAGUUCUUAUAUAAGCAAAUCUUGUUUUCUGUCAUGAAAGCUCUCCAUGCCGGCCAUACCAUUUGCACCAAGGUUCAAUACAUUAUUCAAAGUGACUCAUUUACAGGCCAUAUGCUGGCAUAAGGAAAGGAUUUCUUGAGAAAUACCUGGCCCAAUCCAUCAAAGUCUGAAUAAGAGAGAAAGAGAAAACAAGUAGUAAGAGCAGCAAAAUGGUGCAGUCACCAUGAUGAAGUCACCUUAGAAUAGGAAUGACAAUGACUUCUGCCAUCAAGACAGCUAGAGUCCUGCUCUCAGGUUCCUGGGGAAAUGAUUGAACUAAACGAGUGUGGACUUUAUAGUUACUGGGUUGCUUUCUUAUCUUCCUUACUUUCUUAUGUAUUGACAUAAAUAAACUCACAUUAACUGA